CGAAGGUCUGUAUCGCGCGACUUCCGGCGCCGCAUGCGGUGAGCUUGCCGCGUGUCGCCGCCCGGAGCGCAUUCCACCUGCGGAGCGGAACCGACACCGCCGCACAUUCCUGUCGAGGCGCGGCGAGCAGGUUGGCACGUCGUGAGAGAGAGAGAGAGAGACGAAGAAAGAAAGAAAGAAGGUUGUUUUAUUUCCCAAAUGGACGUCUGACGACGCGCUGCUUAGCGUACCUGCACUUAGCGUACCUGCACUUAGCGUACCUGCACUGGAGCGCGCAGCUGAAGGGAAAUGGACCGCGGAAAGGAGCUACUAGAAGCGCGUGUGAAGCCACUGAUUUAAGGCGUGUGGGGCCAUGGCGAGCUGCUGGGACUGCUGCCGGCGAGCGUGCAUGUGCUUCCUGUCCGAGGACGAACAGAUCAGCAUCAAAGUGGACAAUGAGAUCAUGAAGAUCCUGAAGAAGCAGAAGAAGAAGGACCGGCAGGAGAUCAAAAUCCUGCUGUUGGGAACUGGAGAGAGUGGGAAAACCACGUUUGUCCGCCAGAUGAGGAUCAUCCACGGACGAGGCUUCUCUGAGGAGGACAGACUGGGCUUCUCUAAAUGCAUCUUCCAGAACAUCUUCACCGCUAUCAAGGCCAUGACGGCGGCCAUGAGCACACUCAGGAUUCCUUACUCCAACACUGAGAAUGAGAUCUACGCCACCUGGCUGCAGGAGGUCAACACGUCGCACAUCACCCAGCUGGAGCGGCGCUACGUGGACGCCAUACGUCGCCUCUGGGCCGACUCCGGCAUCCGGGUCUGCUACAGCCGACGCCACGAGUACCAACUGUUGGACUCCACGGAGUACUACAUGAACAAUCUGGAACGCAUCGCCGCGCCCGACUACAUCCCCACAGAACAGGAUGUGCUGAGGGUCCGAUUCCCCACCACGGGCAUCAACGACUAUUCCUUCACCAUCGAAAAGAUCAGGCUCAGGAUUGUGGACGUUGGAGGUCAGAAGUCGGAGCGUCGAAAAUGGAUCCACUGUUUUGAGAAUGUCACCUCGCUGAUCUUUCUGGCCUCCCUCAGCGAGUACGACCAAGUCCUGGAAGAGAGGGACGUCAUUAACCGCAUGAAAGAGAGCCUGGCGCUGUUCUACACCACCAUCCACUCGCAGUGGUUCCACAGCACCUCCAUCAUACUCUUCCUCAACAAGACCGACAUCCUGGCAGACAAAAUCCAGACCUCGGACCUGAACAAGUACUUUCCAAGUUUCAGAGGUCGCAGACAAGACGCGGAGGAGGCCAAGCAGUACAUCUGGAAGCUUUACGAGCUGCAGGCCAACAACGUGGAGAAGAAGGCGGAGAAGAAGGCUCUGUACAAACACUUCACCUGCGCCACCGACACCGACAACAUCCGCAAGGUGUUUGCCGACAUCAAGGACACCGUGCUGCUCAAGUCUCUGCAGGCCUACGGCGUUUUCUAACCAGGACUACACUGACUAUGUGAAGGUGCUUCUGUCAUGAAGGACGGAGGAUGGAGGGUGGAGGUGGUCUUCAUCUCUGCUGCCAUGACUAUCAAGUGACUUGCUUUUCAUUCAUUUGAUUCUUUCUAUGUUUGACUAGCCUGCGCUGACAGAAGAGCAGCUCAAUCAGACAUGAACAUUGUAUAAAGACAGCAAAUAACUGUAGCGUCGAGGCUUGGUUAUACACCUGACAGUUAUAUACCUGACAGUUAUAUACCUGACAGUUAUUUACCUUAGUUAUAUACGUACCUGACAGUUAUAUACCGUAUUUUCCGCACCAUAAGGCGCCCUGGGUUAUAAGCCGCGCCUUCAAUGAACGGCAUAUUUCAAAACUUUGUCCACCUAUAAGCCGCCCCGUGUUGUAAGCCGCAUCUAACUGCGCUAAAGGAAUGUCAAAAAAACAGUCAAAUAGGUCAGUCAAACUUUAAUAAUAUAUUAAAACCAGCGUGAUGUGGGCGCGCAUGGAGUCGUAUAUCAACAUGGACGGAGCUGCGUGAAAAAAGCCACCCGGCCUCUUCGCGUAAACUUAAACUUACCUUAACCACUCGCUCAUCUUUUCUUCAUCCAUCCCUUCGAGUUAGCUUUUAUGAUGACGCCGGCUGGAAAGGUCUCUUUUGGCAAGGUCUUCCUUUUGAAUAUCACCAUGGGUGGAAGUUUCUGGCCAUUAGCAUGGCAAGCUAGAACCACAGUGAAGGAUGACUUCUCAUUCCCUGUGGUGCGAAUAUUCACCGUACGUGCUCCCGUUGUAUCCACAGUGCGGUUCACAGGAAUAUCAGUUGCUGUGAAAUAGUAAUCCGUGUGCGGAUGGAGAGAUUGCGUCUUUUCAUGAACCGGAUCCCUG